GGGUGUGUUUUUCUAAAUCUCACUUCACAAAUUAGCUGUGAUGUGAAUGUGAAAGUAAAUAACAAUGACUUAAAAACACAAACAGCUGUUCCUCAAACACUGCAAGUCCGUCCGAGGCAUCAUGGACUUCAUUUCCCAGAGUCCUAUCAGCUAUUUUAAGUUCCCUCUCCCAUGACUAUUUACACAACCGGCUGAUGUGAUCUAAAGCUGGUGAAGAGUACCGGCGGCACAGUUCAGCACCACAGCGAGGCAGCCCAAGCCGUGCGUGGGAGGGACUACAGCGGAAAGCUCUCCUUUCAAUUACGCGGCAGAAACCAACCCGGGAUGCUAACAUGCUCGUCUGCAAAAGGUAUUUGUUAAAAGUCCACGAUUGCUUUACUACAAUUUUGGUGUGCUGUGGAUGUGAUCGCGCGAAGAAAAGCAAUGAAUAACACAAACUAAGCGGGGAUAAUCUAAUGGCCUCGUUGGAGUUACUUUAUAUAGAUAAAGCAGGAGGAAAAUCCGAUACACCACUCGUCCUUGAAUGGGCAUCAAAUCCGCUGGACGUUCACAAAUCGAAAAACCCAGCCGUCGAGGCGCUUCCCAGGGAGAUUGAGCGCGGUUUGACUGUGAGAGUGUCUGACUGCGAGGGACAAUGUAAUUCAGUACCAAGGACGGUUCCCUUGAAAGGACUCCCAGGCAAACACGGCCACAGAGGAGCCGAAAAGGUCAGGGUGUGCUGCGAUGAGGAAUUGGAGACGUCUUUCACAUACGUGGACGAAAAUGUCAACUUGACAUUGGCAACUCCGGACGCAAGCGGGAAAGUUCCACCUGGAGCCGUUUGCCAUAGUUCGUCGUGCGAACUCCGCCCAGAAGGCUUUCAGGAGCUGUCGCUGAUGUCCGAAAAUGACCUUACAUCGGAAAGUGCCGGAAAAUCAGUUGACUAUGGAUUUAUUAGUGCGGUCACAUUUCUUGUGACUGGAAUUUCGCUGGUUAUCAUAUCUUAUUCCGUUCCUCGUGACGUUAACGUGGACCCUGACAGCGUCUCAGCCAGGGAGAUGGAAAGGUUGGAGAACGAGAGUGCGCGGGUAGGGGCACACCUGGAUAGGUGCGUCAUUGCCGGGCUCUGUCUUCUCACCCUGGGUGGAGUUGUGCUCUCAACUCUUCUAAUGAUAUCCAUGUGGAAGGGGGAGAUGUACAGGAGAAAGGCUUUCGCAUACAGCAAGCACUCUACAAAACUGUAUGGUUCCAUCAACUUUAACACAAGGUCUAGCCCCAGUCGCACAUCUCCUCAUUGUUCCUUGGAGGAAGUAAACGACGCAAACCAUAUCCGAGGAUGACUUAUGUCUGUAUUGCAAACCCAUGCACCCGCCCCAAAUAUUAACACUAUCAAAACAAACUCACUCGCAGCAUACUAACAUAUCAAAGAUGAUACUAAUAUCCUCUGCCGUAGUAGGCCACACAUCGUCAGUGAUUAUUCUUAAUGGACUUGUGGUGUAGCACUAUUUACUGAAACAUUCAUGUUGUGAAUGGUCACAGAGAAAAAGCAUUAGCAAUACACAGAGAAACGUUGCUAACAGUGUAACAAGAUAGCAUGUGUUUUGAAGUAUGCAUUGUUAAAUGGAUUUACUCUUCCAGUAAAAAAAAGGAGAGCACAUGUCCAGAAUCCUUGAAAGCCUCUGUCUGUGGAGAGAGAAGAGAAUCUAUUGGAGAUGCAAUAUCGCAAAGCUUUCAUUUAUCAUUCAUUUUUAAUGUUGGGGGGGGGGGGGGAGGAACUCGCAGCAUGCAGAAUUUUUGAACAGAAAUGUUGUCAGUCUUCUUUAUUCUGAGAGGGGAAAAGGUUGCCUGUACAAGUACACACAGUGCUGGGUAUCUGUUGUCAAGCCCAAUUUAUAUUUCACCCUGGAGUUUCACCGAGUGGAAAUAAAUGUAAAGGUGUUCGAUACAUAA